GAUGAUUGUUGUUGUUGUUGUUGUUGUUAUUAGUAGUAGUAGUAGUAGUAGUCGUAGUAGUAGUAGUAGUAGUAGUAGUAGUAGUAUUAUCAUCAUAAGUGGAGUAGUUUAAAAAACGCUAAUAGUUUCCCGUUGUUAUAUCUGAAGAAAUACUCAUGGUGUCAGUGUGUACCAAGAAACGGGACGGCACACUCAUUCCCCACCCUUCUUUGUCGACGAGUUCAGAGCGUGUUUGUGCUAUUGUACUGCGGUUUGUAAAACGCUUCGUGACAUGACAUUAAUGUGAAGACUAGAGCUCACCGUUUGGAGUUAUUUUACGUACAUAGUUAAAUUAUUAACAAUGGGAUGCUGCACAUUUUCCCUGCACUGCGGUCUUGCUUUUAUUUUUCUGUCUCUACACAGCGUCAAUGGAGAUGUGAGCUACUCUAUCCCCGAGGAAAUGAAACGUGGAUCCGUAAUUGGAAAUAUUGCUAAAGAUCUGGGACUUGAUUUGGCAAGACUGUCUGCUCGCAAGGCCCGUAUCGAUGCAGAGGAUGACAACGUUCAGUAUUGCGGCGUUAAUCUCAAUACUGGAGAAUUGAUUGUACAAGAAAGGAUUGAUAGGGAAGGUCUUUGUGCUAAAAAGGCAUCAUGUGUUCUAAAACAGGAGCUCGUACUGGAAAACCCAUUGGAGCUACAUCGUAUAAAUAUCCGUGUUCAAGAUAUCAACGACAAUUCACCACAGUUUAAACAGGAAUCACUUAAAUUUGAAAUACGAGAAUCGGCUGUCAAGGGUUCUCGUUUUCUUCUUGAUGAAGCACACGAUGGCGAUAUCGGAGAGAAUACUGUUCAAGACUACUCCCUUCAGCAGAAUGAAUAUUUCAAAUUAAAUGUAAACUCUAAAGGCAGUGGUCGAAAAUAUGGUGAAAUGAUUUUAGACAAAGAGUUGGACAGAGAAGACAAAAACGAGAUAGUGUUGUUACUUACCGCAUUUGAUGGAGGCUCUCCUCGGAGAUCAGGCUCUGUAGUCAUACACGUUACUGUAUUGGAUGCUAAUGAUAAUGUACCCGUAUUUAGCCAGACUGUCUACGAAGCCAGUUUACCCGAAAAUUCUCCUGUGGACACAUUGGUGAUCACAGUGAGUGCCACUGACGCAGACGAUGGGUUAAAUAGCGAGAUUACAUAUGAAUUUGACCAUGUUUCAGACGAAGAUAGCGACGUAUUUUCUUUACAUCCCAAAACAGGAGAGGUCAGAGUAGCUGGGCGCAUUGAUUACGAGGGAAUGUCAUCAUAUGAAAUGCAGAUUAGUGCCAAAGAUGGUCUGGGCUUAGCCUCAUAUGCAACUUUAAUUAUUGAAGUUACUGACAUAAAUGAUAAUGCCCCAGUUAUACAACUGAAAUCUCUGUGUAAUCCCAUACCUGAGAACGUGCCACCUGGUACAGAGGUGGGCAUCGUUAACGUACACGACAAAGACUCUGAGAAUAACAGGCAGGUCCGCUGCUUCAUCCAGCAGAGCGUCCCUUUUAAGUUGGUUCCUUCUAUUAAAAACUAUUAUUCUCUGGUGACCACAGGACAACUGGACCGUGAACUACUGUCUGAUUACAACAUUACAAUCACUGCCACUGAUGAGGGCUCUCCACCUCUGUCCUCCUCUAAAACUGUUGAAUUAUCUGUAGCUGACAUCAAUGACAACCCACCUGUGUUUGAGGAACAGUCGUACAGCGCAUAUGUCAGUGAAAAUAAUAAACCUGGCUCCACGUUGUGUUCUGUUACUGCUCGAGACCCUGACUGGAGACAAAACGGUACAGUGAUUUAUUCUCUGUUAGCUGGUGAGGUGAACGGUGCCCCGGUGUCCUCCUAUCUAUCUGUUAAUGGAGACACAGGUGUGAUCCACGCUGUGAGGUCAUUUGAUUAUGAACAGUUCAGGAGUUUUAAAGUUCAUGUGAUGGCCAGAGACAACGGAUCUCCUCCACUUAGCAGCAACGUGACCGUGAAUGUGUUCAUGUCAGACGUGAAUGACAACUCUCCUCAGAUACUGUACCCUGCCCUGGAGGGUAACUCAUUCAUGACUGAGCUGGUCCCCAAAGCUGCACACGGAGGCUCUCUGGUGUCCAAAGUGAUAGCGGUGGACGCAGACUCUGGACAAAACGCCUGGUUGUCCUAUCAUAUAGUCAAAUCCACUGAUCCUGGACUUUUCACUAUUGGUCUCCACAGUGGAGAGAUCAGGACACAGCGGGACAUUUCUGAAUCUGACAGCAUGAAACAGAACCUUAUUGUGGCAGUGAAAGAUAACGGACAGCCCUCUCUCUCUGCCACCUGCUCCAUGUAUUUACUUAUUUCUGAUAACUUGGCUGAGGUGCCAGAACUGAAGGACAUUUCUUAUGAUGAGAAGAAUUCCAAACUGACCUCUUAUCUGAUCAUUGCUCUGGUGUCUGUGUCCACCUUCUUUCUGACCUUCAUCAUCAUCAUCCUGGGUGUGAGGUUUUGUCGCAGGAGAAAGCCCAGACUGUUGUUUGAUGGAGCAGUUGCCAUCCCCAGCGCUUAUCUCCCUCCUAACUAUGCAGAUGUUGACGGAACAGGAACUUUACGCAGCGCUUAUAAUUAUGACGCCUACCUGACAACGGGUUCAAGAACCAGUGACUUUAAGUUUGUGACAUCUUACAAUGACAACACGCUGCCUGCUGACCAGACUCUGAGGAAAAGUCCUUCAGAUUUUGCUGAAGCUUUUGGAGAUUGUGAUAGUUCACCUGAGGUAGGAACAUAA